UCUACUGCAGUUGAAAACACUUGUAAGCGGAGGUUGGAUCCAUUGAGUUUUCACGAUUUAGCCCAUCACUGCAAGGAUACGAUGGAAAUUUGAAUGAGAAACCCCUUCAUUUUGUGCACAACCAUCGCAAAAAGGGCUUAUGUGCUCCUCGCCGCUUGAUUUCCGACUCGGGGUGCUCAGUGUUGCCGGGGAAGAGUCCGUUUCAGCUGCACUGCAUCAACAUGGGUGUGAUCGGAGUGCAGCUGGUGGUUACCAUGGUAAUGGCCAGUGUAAUUCAGAAAAUCAUACCUCAUUAUUCCUUCGCAAGGUGGCUACUCUGCAGUGGCAGUCUGCGUUGGUAUCAGCACCCCACGGAAGAUGAGUUGAGGAGCUUAGCUGGGAAACAAAAAGGACAGAAGAGGAAAGACAGGAAAUACAAUGGUCACAUAGACAACAAGCCGCUAACAGUUCCCAAGGACAUAGACCUACAGCUGGAGACGAAAUGCAUCACAGAAGUGGACACAUUAGCAUUGCACUACUUCCCAGAGUUCCAGUGGCUGGUGGAUUUCACCGUGGCAGCAACUGUGGUCUAUCUGAUUACAGAGCUGUACUACAGUGUGGCUCAGGCCUCGGGAGAGAUGAACAUCAGUGUGGUCUGGUGCCUGCUGGUACUUGCAUUCGUCAUUAAAACCCUUUUCUCUCUAACGGCCCACUACUUCAAGCUGGAGGAAGGAGGCGAGCGUUCACUCUGCAUUACUUUUGCUUUCUUCUUUUUUGUCAAAGCCAUGGCCAUUCUCAUCGUCACUGAAAACUACCUUGAGUUUGGUCUGGAGACAGGUUUUGCAAACUUCUCUGACAGCGCUCUACAUUUUCUGCAGCACCAGGGCUUAGAGUCCCAGGGUCCCAUAUCUAAACUCACCUUCAAGCUGAUCCUGGCCCUGCUCUGCUCCCUGAUUGGAGCAUUUCUUACUUUCCCUGGUCUGCGAUUGGCCCAGAUGCAUCUAGAUGCACUCAAUCUAACCGAAUGCAAAUUUACACAGACUCUGCUUUAUAUCAACUUCCUCUCCCCUCUUAUCAUGGUUCUGCUGUGGGUGAAGCCCAUUACAAAGGACUAUCUAAUGAACCCCACUCUGGAUAAGGAGAGUGUGCCUUUGAUGACUGAGCAGACGUAUGAUACGUUGCGGUUAUGGACCAUCAUACUGAUGUGUAUACUCCGGCUCGCUAUGAUGAGGCAUCAUUUGCAGGCCUACCUCAACCUGGCCCAGAAGGGUGUGGAACAGAUGAAGAGAGAGGCAGGACGGAUAAGUACUGUUGACCUGCAGAAGAUGGUUGCACGUGUUUUUUACUACUUGUGUGUAAUAGCUCUACAGUAUGUGGCACCAUUGGUGAUGCUGCUGCAUACAACUUUGCUGCUAAAAACCUUAGGUGGACACUCGUGGUGGGUCUAUCCUGAAGAAGACCUGCCGUGCACCCAUGAUAUGAACUCUGUGAUGGGCGCGGCACCAAUAGCGGCCCCAACACCAGCUUCAGUGGCAGAAACAGGAGCGCGGGCGUCGGUAGCCCAGCUGUCAAUGGCUCUGGGGAGCCUGCGGACUGUCUUCAGCCCCUUGCUUUUCCGGGGUCUCUUCUCUUUCUUUGCUUGGUGGAUUGCUGCCUGCCUCUUCUCCACCUCCCUCUUUGGCCUCUUCUACCAUCAGUAUCUCAUGGCGGCAUAGCAUCACCAGCCAUUAAGAGGCAGCGAGGCGCCCACAGGGUUACUGUGUGUUCAGCGUGAUCAGAAAGAACUGGUUGGUGGCAACAGAAGCCUAUUGAUGACUCUGCUCCAUGGCACCUCCUUUCCCUCCUCCCUCCUUCCUUCUUCCAACCACCUCACAAUGACUGAGCAUAUCAUCAGAGCUCCUGGUUCAACAUGUGCUUCCUCCACAGAUGACUCUGUGAACUCUUGUCAUUGUUUUUACUACACUCCCUUUUUAUUUGGAGAGCAAGAUUUAUAAAAACCCUAAUAAUAGAUAGACUAAAGUAUGAGUUUCAAGAAUAUUAUUCAGUGUCAGUGGUGUAUUUGCAUAGUGGUGGGAAACUGGCCCAGUUUGCUGUAUGAAAUAACUAUGAGGAAAAAUACUGUAGUUGAGAGUAGUUGAUUGAAAUUAAUUCAACUUUUCCAAAAUUGGCCACAUGCAGUGUAUUAGUUUCUUUGGAUUCAUGAUGUUUUUUACUUAAAAAAGGUCUAAAUGCAGCCUCUCAGAGGCCAAUCACACCAAGACGCGUAUCCAGCAAAACUAUUGGUUUACCAUGGUACGGUCUGUUAUUCUAGUGAUUUUUUUUUUUUAAGAGUUCUUAACUUUCCAGUUCAAAAUUGCACUGCUUUUCCCAUUUUUUUCCCUUUUGAAGGGUCGACUGCGCAGCCUAGAUCCAAAGACGUACCACCCUGUGUUGUCCAAAAGGAUGUUUUCCCAAGACGUUCUUCAGAGCGACUUCACCUGUAGUGAUGAGUCUCUGUAAUCUGUAACCUACAGCUUCAUAUAUGUCAGGAGUCAGAUUUCAGACUAUUGUCCUCGCCUCCUUUUUCAAAACUCAUAGAUCAGUCCAGGAAAAACUGCAUACAUUCGUAUGUGCAGGGACUUCACGUGAAGUCCUGCCGGAUGCCUACAAAGGUACGGUGUGUUUAUAUUCCAGUCAUAUCACAGCACAUGAUACUGCUAAUUUCCCAUAGUGAUAUGAGGUGAGAGGUUAUAUUUAGAUCGCAGAAUGUCAUUGAAUCUGAAGAUAUUCAUGGAGGCUUCAAAUGAGAGUAAAGUCACCAUGUAUUUUUUCCUUUUCUUAGUUUUUGAGGGAGCCGACAACUGCCAUACAUGUGCCCCAUUUUUGUCUAUUGAUCAAAACUUUAAAGUGAGUUCAAGCCACUUAGCUUAUAUAACUCAAAUGUCAAAAUUCCAUUGCCCCAGACCACAAAGUGGGAGAGAGAGUCUUAAAUGUUUGAAGGAAGGACCAAUGCAUCUCUGUUCGAAAGAGGAGGAGGGAGGAGCAGCCUGUGGAUGUUCCCAGAAUGGCUGGUUGGGUGGAGCUGUCAUGCAAGCUUACCAGGGUUAAGAGAGUGGACAAAUGAAGAAGAAUCGUACCUGCAGAGGAGGAAGAGGAGAUGUUUAAACUCAUGAAGAGACAUCUCAUUGACUUGAAGCUGAUGUAUUUAAAUGUGUCUAAUUGAACCUGCUGUCGAAGGACAAGCUUAGGUUUUAACUGAAAGGCGUUCCAACAGAUUUGUGAUGUUUCAUUUGCAUUGUGACCUCCCUGGUUUUAUCUGAGCCAUUUUAGAAGCUAUGAGAGAAUUUUAAAGCUCUUUUUGAGCAGCAGCAAUGGUUUUAAAGGGAGGACGACACCUAGGGCUCUGUCAAGGUGUGUGCUGAUGUCCAUGUGUCUGUCUGCAUGUGUAGGAAUCUCUGCUGUAGGUCAGCUGUAAUCUGAAAGGGCAUUGUGAUGAAGAGGAGAUGAUGUCAGCUACUGUUGAUAAGCUACAGCCUUCGUGUUCUGCUUUCCCUUUUUUUUUAACUUCUGCUCAUCCAGCGCUUUUAAUUUUAUCUGAGAACAAUCUGUUUGUUUUUAUUCUUUUUCUAAUGGAUCAAAUUGUGAAUUUGUAAAAGUUCAGAUUUUUUUUUUUUUUUUAAAUGGUGCCAAGUCAUUCUGUCCCCUCGUCCCAAUGUCUGUAGAUCUGGUGUCUGCAAGUGUUUGAAACUACGUCUGGACUACAACUCUGCGGCCUUCUGUCUUCUGUAGAUCCAUCCUGAUAAAGAGAGGAAUCACAAGCUCUGGUUCACAGUAUUUACAGUGUCUUUGCACACUGUAAUGCUUUAGUGGGUAAAUGUACGCACAAACAUUGUGCUCGCGAAGCACUCGCCCAAUAUGAUUGUCCGGUGUGUUCAGGAAUGUAAGGUCCGUGAUGCCAGAUUCAUUACAGAUCACACAAUCUGGUGGUUUCAUUUUGUCAGUAGAGCUGUAAUCUAUGUGUUCCAGUUCCAGUUCAUGAACUUUGAACAGAAAAAAAAAAAAAACUUUUUACAAAGUCAAGCAGCACCAUAUCACAUUUUUAAACUCCUAAAGUGGAAAGUCUUAGUUUUAGUUUGGUUUGUUUUUAAAAUGACGGGGAAUAUGCACAUAAUGAAUGUAUCAAUCCUGCCUAAUUUCUAGAUUUGUUUUCAUGAACAUGAUUUGUAUGGUGAGUUGAUUUAACACCCCUAACCCCACCCACCCCCUCCACCCCAAACUCAUUACUUGUACUACCAUCUGUUAAAUCUAUCUUUUCAAACAAGCUCUAAUUUGUCCUAAUGACUGUUUUUUUUUUUGUUUGUUUGUUUUUUUUACUGAUUGAUUUUUUUCUUUGUUUUUGUAUUUAUUACACAUGUCGAGGCCUGUAAACAUUUCUAAUUUUAACAGCAAACACUUUAUUUUGUUAUGUGGAGUGCAUGGUGGCUUAAGUCAGGUUUGAAAAAUGUGUUUGACAAAUCAGUUACAGUUAAACUUUUUUGUUUUUUAUAAUUAUUAUUUCCUUUUAUGGUAUGGUCCGUUAUAAAGUAGCUGGGAUACUCAGAACUCAGUGGUCCGAUGAGGCGUUGGUUCUUCUGUUUGUUACCACUCGAAGUGUUUAUUAUUCAUUGUUCGGUUCACGAAGUAAAUUAAACACAUUGUUGUUCUUUCAUGUAUUUGCUUCUGUUGGUUUUGUAAGCGGAAGUAAAUACAUGAAAUAUUGAUUUUUGUCUUAAAUAAAUUAUGUUCUUUACUA